UUAAACUUAUUCCUGAACUCAAAGAAAGGAGCACCGAGACACUCGCCACAAAAGGGAAAUAUGGGCUUUCUUAAUAAUCAUUUGACAAGUAAGUGUGCCAAAUAAUGACAGUGAAGCUGCGUGAAGAAAUAUAUGCAUGAGCACACAGGAGAAUUUACUCUCUGAAUGCACAUACGAAGGAACAAACUUUGAUGGAUCACCAGGUGUAUAAAUCAUUGCACUGAUAUGUAAGCAUGUUGUCAGGUGCUCAUUAUCGCAACACAUGGGAUGCAGUGUUUGCAGGACUCGCCUGAACUCGGGCAGAGCACUGUCCAGAGUGCCGCUGCCUUUUACCAUGCUCUUGCUGUUUAUCUAUCUUUUUCACUGCUUGAGUGGAUUUUGCCAAUUGGACUCGGUGCCAAAAAUCUCGGAGCGACAAAAUCUGAUGAGCCACCAGGCACCAAGUGAAGUGCGCGCAGUGCGCGCGGAGCUCCGCUUGAACGGGACUAUUUCCGCUCUCGUGAGCGCACUCACGGAGCCACUGGAGUCGGAACACGGCGGCGGGGAAAGUGGAAUCUCUGUUUCAAACACGUACGGAAGUAAAAAAUUUCCCCAAGCCAUCAUAAUUGGCGUGAAGAAAGGGGGAACCAGGGCGCUGCUGGAGUUUCUGCGCGUCCAUCCAGAUGUGCGCGCUGUGGGCGCCGAGCCGCACUUCUUCGACAGAUUCUACCACAAGGGUCUCGAGUGGUACAGGAACCUGAUGCCAAGGACCCUUGAUGGGCAGAUCACAAUGGAAAAGACCCCCAGCUACUUUGUCACCAAAGAAGCCCCUUCCCGACUGUGUGCUAUGAACUGUAAGACCAAACUCAUUGUGGUGGUGCGAGAUCCGGUGACCAGAGCUGUGUCUGAUUACACACAGACUCAGACCAAAAGCCCAGUACUUCAGUCCUUCCAGACACUGGUUUUCAAAAACUCCAGCUUGGGAGUCAUUGAUACCUUAUGGAGUGCUGUGCGCAUUGGCAUGUAUGCACAGCACCUGGAGAACUGGCUUCAGCACUUUCCACUAUCCAGCUUCUUGUUUGUAAGUGGGGAGAGACUAGUUAGCGACCCAGCCGGUGAGGUGGGACGUGUACAAGACUUCUUGGGUCUCAAGCGCAUUGUCAGCAACAAGCACUUCUACUUCAACCAGACUAAGGGCUUCCCGUGUCUGAAGAAGCCGGAGGGCAGCAGUAGGCCACGUUGCCUGGGAAAAUCCAAGGGUAGGACUCACCCUCACAUUCCAGCAGAUGUCCUUCAGAAACUUAGGGAGUUUUAUAGACCCUUCAACCACAAGUUCUACCAGAUGAGUGGCCAUGAUUUUGGCUGGGACUGAAGCUUUGCAAGUGGAGUUGGAUUAAAAAGACAACUUAACACACACCAUUUGCACAUUUCAGAACAUUUAUUUCAUUUACACAUUCUCUAAAAAGGAGGAAGUGUGACUUCAUAUAACUAGAGCCAGUCCUAGGUCACUGCAUGUUAUUGGAAUGUUUAUUAAGUAUUCAACAGGUUCAGAUAAGCUUAUUUAGGUCUUCUGGAUCCUAAUAUUAUGCAAUGCACAGUAUAUUGUAUAUCAUACAUACUGAAAGGUGUUUCUUUCUAUUACCUUCUUUGUAAAAUAGAAAAGUAUGAGGUACAUUCAUUAAACCAAAUGUAGUCCCUGAAUGACGUACUGCACAGAGGAAAAUGCCAACACUGUAAUGUUUAUCAUGAAAAGGCUUAAUAGAUUGUUAUGCCAGCAACAGCACAAUACAGUCACACCUAGUGAAUGAAAGAAGAAAUUAAACUUUGCAAGACAUUUAUUGUUUUCUGGAAAGGUUAUCAUGUACUGUAUAUUUAUUUUUUAUGUGUAAAUAUAUUUAUCUAUUGCCAUUAUACUGUGUAAGCAUGCUUGGACCACUAUUUUGAGCUUACAUUAUUUACAUUUCACACCAAUCAUAAUAUUUCGAUAAACCACUAUACUUCAAUACAUUUUGGAUGUGUUUAGGAGCUGUACAAUAAAUAGGAAUUCAUGAAAGUAGAUUGUUGAAGGUUAAAGAUUCAUUUAGCGUCACAAUAGCGCUGGCAUCUAACAGCUCUGUGGUCCAUCCUGAACUCUCUGCAUGUUUGGAGUCUCAUAUGUUCUUCCAGUGUCUUUCUGGACUCCCUCUGAGUUUUCUAGAUCCCAGAAAACUGUAGGUGGAUUGGAUACUUAAAAGUGUGAAUAUAAGUGGGCAUGGUAUAUCUAAUUCAGAAUAACAAGCCUGACACCCAGUGGUCCUGGGAUAGGUUCUGUACUCUAUACUGUAUUGUGCAUCCUCAACCCCGACCAGGGUAAAGUGUUUACUGAAGAUGAAUGAAUUGAUGUUUGAAUGAAUGAAUGAAUGAAAAAAAAUUGCACAGUGCAGUUGUUUUCUCAAACUUGGCCUCCACACAGAAACUGUGCCAUAUAUGUAUACAUAUGUAUAUGGUCAUUUACAAAUAAAUGAAUUGGUACAGUAUAUGUUAAUACCUUGUGCCUUUCGGUUAGAUGUAAUUUGAUCCCUACACAAUUGAAAUACAUGAACUCAAAUUAGAACUAUGAAUGUAUUAAACUCAACACAACAUUCUUUUACAUACAUUCAAUGGACAUUCAAUUAAUGGUCUACAUAAUGUCUUAAGUAAUGUAUGUUUUUUCCACAUAGGAUGCAUGGGAAUAAACAACAAGGGAAACAAAAGAUAAUGCUCAAGAUGAAAAUGUGUCACAUCUUCCCUCCCUUUAUUCCUUUUGUCUUACUUACUGAUAUAUAAUGUGCUUUGGAAUUUAAUUACACAAUAUGUCUUCUUGUAUGUAUAUGUAUACAAAAACAAAGGACUUUGUAGAUUAUACACAACAGAAUAUGUCUAAACUGUAACAAACUGUAUAUAUGAUGCUUUUGCCUCAUGCUCUUACUUCUUAUGUAGUUCAUUUUUAAUUCCUGGUUUAUUUGCUGUACAAGAUUUUAUACUGUAAAAUUUUAUUGUUUUUACUUCAUUAGUAUUGCUGUAAUGUCAUAUGCAUUUUGUAUACAUGGAGGACCAAGUCUGUCUAAAUGCAAAACAAAACAAAACUAAAAUAUAUUAUUAAGAUCACGAAUAAAUACAGUUAUUUCAAUAAUUAUAUAAUUAGAAAUGAGAUGGAUUUUUCCUUGGUUGGAUUUAAACUCUAUAUAAUUUCUGUUCUUUAUUUAUCCUGAAGCUACUUGUUUAUUAUUAUUAUUAUUAUUAUUAUUAUUAUUAUUAUUAUGCUGGUAUUGAUGGGGGCUGUCACAAAUGUGUCACAAUGUCUCUUUUUCCACAUUUGUUGAUUUAUAUCAGACUGUGUAUCACCAGUUCUGGACCAGCUCCAUCAUCAGUCUCUUUGAAUGCACUAGAGUAAAAAUGAAAGGCAGGUAAUGGAAUCUGCUUUGUAGAGAUUACAAUGUACUGUACUUAUACUUGGACUUAUAUAAGUACACAAUAUAAUAUACACAAUAUAAUAAUUAUAGCUAUAAAAAAGUCAAAUUGUA